AUGAUCGCUGUGGAGUGCACCCUCCGCCUUCCAACUCCCACUUCUCACUUCUCACUUCUCACUCUCCCUUCUCACUCUCCCUUCCCACUCUCCUCCCUGCCUCAGAUCAAGCUCCUUAAGGAAGCGACACCACAGAGAGAGCUACUACAGCGAUCAACUACUCACUACACCGGAAAGCGUAUGGAUGAGCGCAUCAACACCAAAGUGGCAAACGUUGAAUCCAUACUCAUCUAG